UGGCUGCUCUGCUCCAUGUCAAACUGGUUGCGCCGGCUCCCGGCACCGGCCAGAUCCUCCCCCUGGCACGGCGUGUUACGUGGACACGUCCGCUCUCGGGCAGGUUGCAAAGUCUCCGGGGUGAGCCGGGACAGGAGGAGAUUCGCCUCGCCCUGUUCUGAGCCAGAUAGCAGCAGGCUGAUGAGAAACCAGCAACCAGGCUACGGGACACUACUGCAAGUCCCGGAUAAACCCUGCAUGGAAGUCAGCGGGUACCAGAGCAGAACAUGGAAAGUCGUCCUGUGCCACCUCUUCUCCGUGCUGACGGCUGGGCUCCUCCUGAUCGUCUUCCACUGGAAGCCGAGCCUCGAAGUCCGAGCGAAGUGCAGGCCUUGCCCCCUUAGCCAAGCCGAUUGGGUCAUAAUCCAGGACCGGUUUGGACAGUGCUUCACCACGCGGGUGCAGACGGAGGAGAUCGGGGACACCUGGGAAGCCGGGCUCCUGCGCUACAGACAAAGCCUGGAGCAGCAUCCUGGGACCAGACCCGACGAUGGGAGAGCCAGCGUUGCGGUGGGCGUGACGGGUGAGGACGAUGGCAGGGACACCAUCCAGCUCCACAAGAAGGAGGAGAAGAACAUCCUGCGCUACUACCUCUUCGAAGGGUCGCGCUACGUCUGGCUGGAAAGGCAGCAGGCCUACUGCAAGGUCAGCAUCUUGGAUGAGGGGUGGACCUGCGCAGACAUCCAUCUCUCCCAGGCUGGGCUCACACAGCAAGAUCACAGCACAAAGAGAAAGAUCUACGGGCCGAACCUAAUCAACGUGCCGGUCAAAUCCUACCUCCGGCUGCUGGUGGAUGAGGUGCUGAAUCCCUUCUACAUCUUCCAGAUUUUCAGCAUCGUGCUGUGGAUCUCUGACACGUAUUACUACUACGCUGCCUGCAUAUUCGUCAUCUCUGCCAUCUCCAUUGGGCUUUCUCUCUAUGAGACCCGAAAGCAAAGCAAGACCCUGCAGAACAUGGUGAAGAUGGCGAUCAGCGUGAGAGUCCACCGCCCCAGCGGAGGGGAAGUGAUGGUGAGCUCGGAGGACCUGGUGCCUGGCGACUGCAUUAGUCUCCCCUGCGAUGGGUUUCUCAUCCCCUGCGAUGCCGCGCUGCUCACUGGCGAGUGCAUGGUCAACGAGAGCAUGCUGACGGGGGAGAGCGUCCCAGUGAUGAAGACCCCUUUACCGGAUGGGCCUCAAGCCAUCAACCUGAUCUACUCCCCCGAAGAGCACAAACGGCACACGCUGUUCUGUGGGACGCAGGUGCUUCAAGCCAAGUCGUACGUGGGCCAGGACGUCCUGGCUGUAGUGACCCGCACGGGCUUCUGCACAGCGAAAGGGGACCUGAUCAGCUCCAUCCUCUAUCCCAAGCCGCUGAGUUUCAAGUUCUACAAGGAUGCUAUGAAGUUUGUUCUCUUCCUUGCCGUUCUGGCUGUUAUUGGGACCAUAUACAGCAUCUUGAUUUUGAUUAGAAACAAGGUUGCCCUUGGGCAAAUCAUCAUCCGUGCCCUGGACCUCAUCACUGUCAUCGUGCCCCCGGCGCUUCCCGCCGCAAUGACCGUGGGCACCAUCUACGCCCAGAACCGGCUGAAGAAGCACGGCAUCUUCUGCGUCAGCCCGCCCCGGAUCAACCUGUGUGGCAAGAUCCACCUGGUCUGCUUCGACAAGACAGGGACCCUCACGGAGGAUGGCUUGGAUGUCUGGGGUGUCGUUCCCCUGGAGAACAGCUACUUCCUCCCUCUCAUCCAAGAGCCCCGCUGCCUGCCCGGCGGCCCGUUGCUGUACUCCCUGUCGACCUGCCACGCUGUGUCUCUGCUGAGAGAGCAGCCCAUUGGAGACCCGGUGGACCUGAAGAUGAUGGAGUCUACUGGCUGGAUCCUGGAGAAGGCAGAAGGGGAAGAGGCUGACCUGCACGCCAUCCAGCAGUUUGGGACGAAGGUCCUAGCAGCAAUGAAGCCCCCGCCUGUGGAGGAGCAGCCCCAUGGCACGAAGCACCAGGUGCCAGUCGGGAUCCUCCGUCGCUUCCCCUUCUCCUCCUCCCUGCAACGGAUGAGCGUGGUGGUGAAGCUGCCUGGAGAUGCCCCCGCUGAGGCCUAUGCGAAAGGGGCUCCGGAGAUGGUGGCCAGCCUCUGCAACAAGGAAACGGUCCCGGGGGAUUUCUCCCAGAUGCUACGACGCUACACAGCCGACGGCUUCCGGGUCCUGGCACUCGCCUACAAACCUCUCCCUCCGGUCAAAACCUUCGAGGACGCCCAGCAGCUGACGAGGGACUCUGUAGAGAGCGGAUUGACCCUCCUCGGCUUCCUGGUGAUGAAGAACGUGCUCAAGGCAGAGACCGCUCCCGUGAUCCACCUGCUCAGGAAAGCCAGCCUCCGCCCCGUGAUGGUGACGGGGGACAACAUGCUGACGGCGGUGAACGUAGCCAAGAGCUGCCGGAUGGUGGAGCCUAAGGAGCGGGUGGUCUUUGUGAACGCCUCUCCUCCCGACCGUGACAGACCCACCGCCCUCAAGUUCAGUCUAGCCGAGCAAGCCCAGGGGCAGGAGCUGGCAGAGGGCCUGUCCCAGCAGGAGGGCUGUCUCCUCAGGCAGCCGCCGUGCCACUUGGCGCUGAACGGGAAAUCCUUCGCGGUGGUCUGCGAACACUUCCCUGACCUGCUGCCAAAGAUCCUGGUUCGGGCGACAAUCUUUGCUCGCAUGUCUCCAGACCAAAAAACUCAGCUGGUUCGCUGCUUGCAAGACCUAAACUACUGCGUGGGGAUGUGUGGAGACGGUGCCAACGACUGCGGGGCGCUGAAGGCUGCUGACGUGGGGAUCUCGCUGUCCGAGGCGGAGGCCUCUGUGGCAUCGCCAUUCACCUCCCGAAUUCCCAACAUCGAAUGCGUGCCCCUGGUCAUACGGGAAGGCAGGUGCUCUCUGGUCACGUCCUUUGGGGUCUUUAAGUACAUGGCCCUGUACAGCCUGGUGCAGUUUGUGUCAGUGCUGCUGCUCUACACGAUCAACACCAACCUGAGCGACUUGCAGUUCCUCUUCUUUGACCUGAUCAUCACGACGACCGUGGCCGUGCUGAUGGGUAAGACCGGCCCGGCACAGGAGCUGGGCACGCAGCGUCCCCAAGGGUCACUGAUCAGCAUCCUCGUGCUGGGCAGCCUCUUGCUCCAGACAGCCCUGCUCAUCAUCGUGCAAGUCGUGAGCUACUUCAUCACUGUCUCCCAGACCUGGUACGUCCCGCUGAACAGCACGGUGACGGCCCCGCAGAACCUGCCCAACUACGAGAACACGGUCGUCUUCUGCAUCUCGGGCUUCCAGUACCUGACCCUCGCCGUGGCCAUGUCCAAGGGAUACCCCUUCAGGAAGCCGCUCUACACCAACGUCCCGUUCCUGCUUGCCCUCGUCAUCCUCUUCGGCCUGAUGAUUGGGGUGACCGUUUACCCUCUGGGGUUCAUGAAAUCCCUGCUGACGCUGAAGGACAUGAGCGACAUGAACUUCAAGCUGCUUCUGGUGGGCAUGGCCACGCUCAACUUCUUCGUGGCGUUCACGCUGGAGGUAGGAGGGCGGCCGGGGCUNNNCAACUGGCUGCGGAAGCUGCGGCGGAAGAAAACCUCCAAAAAGCUGUUCAAGAGGGUGGAGGAGGAGUUGAGGCGGCAGCAGCCGCCGUGGCCACCCCUGGACCAGCCGCUCCUCGCCACCCCCAGGAUGUCCAUCGCUGUGAGAUAGCCCCGUGCCCGUGUGGGCCCUGCUCGCUGCACCCUCCUGCUGCCGCGGGAGGAAAGGGGGGAAGCUCCGGGAGUCCAGCAAGGCCUUUCCAGCACCUCCGGACACACGUGGGUUUAUUUAUUGUUCCAUGCUGCGCACUGCCCUCUUCUCCCCUCAGCUCGGGUCACGGCCGGGAGCCACGAUGCUCAGCUCCGGGGUCGCUCGAGAGGCGUCCGUCUUGGAGGAUGGACGUGGGUGGCAAAGGUCAUCUUCCCCCAUGGGGAAUCCCUCGGCAGAACCGCUGCCCUCCCUUCAGGAGACCUGUUACACAUCGUGGAGUUUGAUGCCAGCUGGGAGGAAGCCACAGCUCCACCCGGGCCCCAGGUAUCUGAGGCUUGGCAGGGAGAGAAGGAAGCUGGAAGAUGACCUGCCUGGGGCCACCCUUUGCUGCUGCUCUUGUGUUUCGGUGGCUGUGCCAGUAGGUCCCGCGAGGUCAGUUACCCCAGGGACCAUUCCCUUUGGCUCGCUCCGAGGUGCUCAGGGCCACAGCCGGGUGAUGCGCCCAUCGGUGGGCAUGGAGCCAUCCUCGUAUGGAGAAGUCCUCGCUGCCCAUCUGCACCUGGCACGUGGGCCAGGGCUAGCAUUUCCCUGGGGGGUGCUUCCUGCCUCGUGCCCUCCAUGAGGUGGGCUCCAGGACAUUCGCUGCUGUCAGCAUGAGCCCGGGCACAGGUUGAUGGUGGGACCUGUUUACAAACCGGCGUGCCACCUGGCGUGUGGUGUGCUGCUUCCAGCUUUUCUGGACGCCAGGUGUAGCCAGCUGCUGUCACGUUCCAGGAUGGGGUUAUAGAUACUGAACAGUGUCGCUGGCAUCUCAUCAUCCAUUUUUUGGCCUUCUGUUCAUCACAACAGCUAGAAUUGUAGUGACCCCAUGCAGCCCCUCACCCUGGGCUACCUAACCCAUCCCGGCCAAACCCUGCCUCCCCUCUUCCACAAUGGGAAGUCAUUGUUCCCCCUCUACCAGGCUCCUCAAGAAGCCAGAAGCAAGCCUGCCCCAAGCCAGGAUCUGUGCACCGGUAUUGCUGAUGAUCCUUCCUCCAGGACCCUACUGAUGUGUCUGCAGACCGCCGUCAUUUGAACGGACGUUUUGUUGAAUGAGAGAUCUAUUUUUGAACGGAAACAGAUAGAAGUGCAUGCAUACAAAGAGAUCUUGCAAGUCCUCCAUUUCUCCGUGGUGGCAUUUGUGCAUGUACCUCUAAUAAAUCGGCAUUAUUUUCUUGAAA